AUGCACUUUCCCCCCCCAAAAAAAAAAUUCUCUAGCAAUAAACACCAAACUGAGCAUGUGCAGUUUGCAGAUCCAAGGAUCUGUUCUAUCACCAGAUGGAUUGGGGACAGUAGAAGGGGAGGAUCAAAGAAGACAGGAUCAAACAGCCUUUUUACUCAAUGUGGAGGAUUAACCCCCUAGCAUACUUUACUGCAUAUACAGACUGAUUUUACUGUUCAGGGGCGGACUGACAACUCAUGGGGCCCCCGGGCAAUAGGGGAUCAUGGGGCCCCUGUGUCCUUGCCCAAAUUCAAAAAAGCCUAU